AUGAAGGCGGUGACAUUUGCGGCUGCGGCCGCCCUUUUGGGCUCAGUGUCCGCUGAUGGAUGGGAAGGCUGGUCCAACUCGACUGACCCAUCUACAACCUCGAAGACAACCAGCACGAGCAGCACUACCACCGAUGUCGAUUCUUCGGCCUGGACUGCCUGGACAUCUGGGUCAACCUCUAGCACAUCAACGGAGAGCACUACGUCCUCAUCCGCCGACCCUGCCACAUGGAGUGCAUGGUCAGUCACGAGCAGUACCUCCUCUGGUACAACAAGCACAAGCAGCACACCCAAGGCUUCCACAAGUACCAGCUCUGACCCAGCAGGCUGGGGCGCAUGGUCAAGCAGCAGCAGCAGCACCACCAAGAGCAGCGUGUCCGGAUCCACGACCUCUACUACUGCCUCCGACCCUGCUACAUGGACGGCAUGGGACCCAAGCUCUACACAGUGCACAACAACGGUGACCUCGACGUACACGCCAACUUACACCACUACCAUUGGAGGAAACCCAGAUGGUUCAGUCACAAAGACAGUCACAUCAACCAGCACACAGUGGUUUACUGUCACAGUCUACUCGGCUGAUGGUGGUGAGACCUGGUCUGCCUGGAACACUGGGGCUGCUUCUACUCCAGCCGUUUCUACAGCCACAGACUCCAAGACUGUAGUUGUGUCUAGCACGAUCACAAAGACUGCGAGCGCAAGCACAUCAACUGCAAGCGGCAACAGCGACCCGGCUGCUUCUUGGAGUGCGUGGUCAUCUAUUGCUACUCCUGUUGCCGCUGUUGGUGGCGACCCCAAUGGAAACUGCAAGAUCCAGAUCAGUGUCUCUUAUGGUCCACCAGUUUGGUUCCCUACUCCGGUAAUUGCUACUUCAGUCAACUCGACUGCAUGGGGCCAGUGGGACAGCGCAACCUCCAGCACACCUGCCGUGCAGACCAGCACCGAUCCUGCGACAUGGGCCGUUUGGUCGUCAACAAGCUCGAGCUCGAGCACUCCCGCUGUAAAGACAUCAACUUCCGCGGAUCCAAGCACUUGGGCUGUUUGGUCUUCAACUAGCAGCACCCCUGCUGUCAAGACUUCGACCAGCAGCACACCUUCGAUCGUCGUGUCGACUGAUCCUGCCACAUGGGGCGCUUGGGGCUCGUCGUCUUCGUCUAGCACUCCAGCUGUCAAGACAUCCACAAGCACAGAUCCGGCCUCCUCAUGGACUGCCUGGACCGCCAGCACCUCAAGCACUCCUGCUGUGAAGACGUCGACAAGCAGCGAUCCUGCUUCGUCUUGGACUGCCUGGACUGAUAGUGCCUCAAGCACUUCGUCAGUCAAAGCUAGCACAACCUCUGGUUCAACGUCUUCCACAGGCUCGAGCGGCUGGUCUCAGAACGGAGGCAGCAUCAGCUCCAACGGCAACAAGUUCGGCAUGACCUAUUCUCCCUACACUGCUGAGGGUGGCUGCAAGGAUGCCUCCACAGUCUCUGCCGAUAUCGCUAAGCUCGCUGCCAAGGGCUUCACCUCUGUCCGAGUCUACAGCACUGACUGCUCCACUCUAGAGAAUGUUGGCACUGCGGCCAGGAAAAGUGGCAUCAAGGUCAUCCUCGGGGUUUUCAUCUCGGACACUGGUAUCUCCGGUGCUCAACCUCAAGUCGAUGCCAUUGCCAAGUGGGCUCAAUGGGACCUUGUCGAACUGAUCAUUGUUGGUAAUGAGGCCGUUUUUCAAGGUCGCUGCUCCGCUGCAGACCUUGCUGGCUUUAUCAAAUCCGCCAAAACUGCUUUCGUCACCGCCGGCUACAAGGGCGCUGUCUCCACUACUGACGAGCUCUCUAUCUGGCAGAGUCAGGGCUCAGCUUGGUGUGACGUCGUCGACGUUGUCACCGCCAAUCUGUACGCUUUCUUCAAUGCUGACACUGCUGCUUCGGACGCUGGCAGCUUUAUCCAAGCUCAGAUCAAGGACUUGAGCAAGGUGUGCCCAGGCAAGGAAGUCUACGUGAUGGAAUCUGGCUGGCCAUCCGCUGGUAACGCCAACGGAAAGGCUGUGCCAUCGCCCGAGAACCAGGCUACUGCCAUCAAAGGCAUCCAAGCCGCCGUUGGCGCUAAGGUUGUCUUCUUCUCGUUUGAGGACGAGGCAUGGAAGAAGCCUGGUCAGUUCGGUGUUGAGCAGCACUGGGGUUGCUCUGAGGUCUUCUAG